AUGGCGCCACCGCCUCCGAAACGCCCACAGGCUGCGGCGCCUCCUUCAGCCUCGUCCUCGUCGCCUCCACUCCGCCUCCAGGUGGUCCAGUUCGUGCUCGACGUGCUCACGGGCCGCAGCGCGCUGUCUGUCCUUGUUCCGUUUGGCCUCUUUGCCCUCGACGCGGUCCUGUGCGCCCUCGUCGUCUGGAAGGUGCCGUACACGGAGAUCGACUGGGUCGCGUACAUGGAGCAGAUUGGCCAGUUCGUGGCGGGCGAGCGCGACUACACGCAGAUGGCGGGCGGCACGGGCCCGCUGGUGUAUCCGGCGGCGCACGUGUGGGCGUACACGGGGCUGUACUACGUGACGGACGCGGGCCGCAACAUUUUGCUGGCGCAGCAAAUCUUUGCCGGCGUCUACCUGGCGGCGCUGGCCCUGGCCAUGGCUUGCUAUUGGGGUGCGAAUGCCCCUCCUUACGUCUUCCCCCUCCUGAUCCUGUCAAAACGGCUGCACAGCAUCUACAUGCUCCGGUGCUUCAACGACGGCAUCGCGGCGCUCUGCCUGUGGGCGGCCAUCUUCUUCUUCCAGCGCCGCUACUGGGCGCUCGGCCUGCUGGCGUAUGCCUGGGGCCUGGGCACCAAGAUGAGCCUGCUGCUGAGCCUGCCCGCUGUCGGCCUUGUUCUUCUGUACGGCCGUGGCUUCCGCGGCGCGGUGCGGCUGGCCGCCGUUCUCAUUCAGGUCCAGUUCGCCAUUGCCAUUCCGUUCCUGCUGGAGAACCCCCAGGGCUACCUGGGCCGGGCGUUUGAGCUGUCGCGCCAGUUCUUCUUCAAGUGGACGGUCAACUGGCGGUUUGUGGGCGAGGAGGUCUUUCUGAGCCGGCCCUUUGCGCUCGGCCUGCUGGGCGUGCACGUCGCGCUGUUGGCUCUGUUUGCCACGACGCGUUGGCUGCGGCCGGCGGGGCCACUGGCGUCCGUUGUGGCGCCUCUCCUCCGAUUUGCACCGCCCUUCACCGACAGCGAAGAAGCACAGCUGUCGGCCCGCGCCGCGUCCCCGCGCUUUGUGCUCACAACCGUGCUGACGGCCAACCUUGUCGGCCUGCUGACAGCCCGCUCGCUGCACUACCAGUUCUACGCGUACCUGGCCUGGACGACGCCGUACCUGCUGUGGCGCAGCGGCGUGCAUCCCAUUGUCCAGUACGGGCUGUGGGCCGCGCAGGAGUGGGCGUGGAACGUGUUUCCCAGCACGCCUGUCAGCUCGGGCGUUGUUGUGGCAGCGAUGGCGGUGACGGUCGCGCUCGUCUGGUGGGGAGCCACCGAGGAGUAUGCCCCAGUUGUCAGAGUGGGGGCGAGCGAGAAAAAGGAGGAGUGA